ACCGUUACCAGCGCGCUCCUGAGUCGUCCGUUGACAAAUUACCUCUUCUCAUAUAUACAACUAAUUUUGGCGGGAGAUGUACUUCUUCUUCUUCACCUCCCAACUUCCACGUCCUUUUUUGUUUUCCUCUUCAGUAAAAGAAACAAGUGUUGAAUUCCUUAGUCAAAAUGACGCAAACAACGGAGCCAUACAUGUGGGAACUUCAGUCAGAUUGGUUCUCACCUACUCGCCUUCGUAGCAAUCCCAACACCCCAUACGAUUUUCCGGGAGAUCGGUUUAUACCAAAUAGGAGUUUGAUGGAUCUUGAUCAAGCCCACAGUUUGUUGACAAACAGGACCAAACCCCAUCACAAUUCGAAAUUCAGUGAAUCAUACCGGCAAAAAGUAGAGGACAAUCUGACUUUGGAUUCACAAGGUAAUCCGUUUAGGAUGUUGGUUUUCAGAGGGAGUCCAAAAUCUAAUCGAAGAUCGAUUCGAUGUGUCGAUGAGAAGCGGCGAGAUGAGGAAGAGGAACAGCAUAGUCAUAACAAGAAGUUUCAUAUUCGAAGUUUGCCAAAGGGAGAAACCAGGAUUUUAGAUGCACCAAGAAUUGUAAAUGACUUCUAUAUGAAUAUCAUGGAUUGGGGGAAGAACAACGUUCUUGCAGUGGCAUUGGGAUCAGAAUUAUACCUCUGGGACUCCAAGACUCUGAAAGUAGAGAAGCUAUUUCAAGAUGUUGAGAAUGAUCUUCCUACAAGUCUAGCCUGGUCUAAUGAUGCCAAACUUUUGGCAGUUGGAUAUAUGAGCUCCAAACUUCAACUCUGGGAUCAUGAGACUUCUAAACUUGUUAGAAGCUUGGAUUAUCAUACAGAUAGGAUAUCAACUGUUGCAUGGAAUGGUCACAUUCUUACAUCUGGAAGUCAAGACAAGUCCAUCAUUAACCAUGAUGUAAGGGUAGCAAACAAACUGGUUUCCCGAUUAGAGGUACACAAAGAAGAAGUUUGUGGUUUGAAAUGGUCAGAAGGCGGCAAAAUGUUGGCGAGUGGUGGCAAUGAAAAUCUCAUACACAUAUGGGAAUCUUCUAAAAUGAUCUCAUCACAGUUCUUGCACCGUUUCAAAGACCAUUGUGCUGCAGUGAAGGCUCUUGCGUGGUGUCCGUAUCAGUCUGAAUUGCUUGCAUCAGGAGGAGGCACCAAUGAUGGAACUAUUAAGCUAUGGAAUACGCAAAACGGCACCUGCAUCAAGAGCAUAGAGACCUAUGCUCAGAUAUGUGGACUUGAGUGGAACAGGCAUCACAAGGAGCUGCUGAGUGGACAUGGCUUCGGUUAUGGCGGCCUUGGUAAUCAGCUAUGUUUGUGGAGGUAUCCAUCCUUAACUAAAGUGGGAGACUUAAAGCGGCAUGCAUCCCGAAUUCUCCAUCUUUCGCAGAGCCCAGAUGGGUUAACUGUGGUAUCAGCGGGUGCAGAUGAGACACUUCGAUUUUGGGACCUGUUUGGACCGCCUCGUGCUGACCAUACAAAGCUUUCAGAUUUAGAUGGCCUUUUAUCUCUCAAGACUUCUCUUAUAAGAUAAUGAAAUCCUACAAACAGGAUUAUUUAUUGCUCUCCAAUACAGAGAAGAUUAGAUUCAAUAGUGAAUUUUGGUAGUAGAUUAUUUGAUUUUUAAAAAGCAGCCGAACAAGAAGCUCAAGACAGUUACAUGAUUAAGAUUAAUAUUUUGUACAUGACAUGUUCAGAGAAUGAAAUAGUGUUCUCAAAUUUAUUUCAAAUGACAACAGAGAACUACAUACUCAAGCAUAGACAUUCACAAUACAAUAGAAAUAACAAAAUCUUGGUAUGAGUAUCUCAUGAGUCCUGAGUAGUGACACACACUGACCUCUAUAUCACCUUCACAUAUAAUAUUUUUUUUACCAGGAAUUUCUAAGAUUACUAUUCUCACGUCACGGCAAAAUAGAAAGAAAUCAUUCAGCUUCUGAGUCAUCACUAAUACUGUCUACUAAUAAUUCGUCAUCUUCACUGUCUGAUGGAUUGUUCUCCUCCUUUUUCCUCUCUUUUUCUAACUCUCUUUCAGCAGCUUGAGCCUUUGCUGCUUCAAGUCUAGAACUGACGGAAUCCCAUGACACAAGUUUCUCCAUGAAGAGUG